AAUGAGUCAGCAGAGUAGGCACUUCCUAUACAAUCAAAAGGGGAAACGAGAUCUUUUAAAAACAAUCAAAUCGAUAAUUUUUUACAAGCAAGGAAAUGGCAGUUCCUGCUGUCCCGAAUCUGCAAUUGAACAAAACAGUAAGUCAAAACUCCCCAGAACGUAACAUCCAUAUUGACGAAAGAGAAUUGGAGAACAUCACGAACAACGAUGGAAACGACACUCUCCCAUUACAUUCUCCGUGGACUUUUUGGCUUGAUAGGUCGUUACCAGGAACAACGGCAGCAGAAUGUGAAUCAGGUCUGAAAAAAAUCUACACUGUGCAAACAGUUCAGAGCUUUUGGAGUGUGUACAACAAUAUACCUGGAGUGUCCAGCCUACCACUGAGAUGUAGUUAUCACCUAAUGAGAGGGGAGAGAAGACCACUCUGGGAAGAAGAGAGUAAUGCAAAGGGGGGAGUUUGGAAAAUGAAAGUACCCAAAGAAAGCACUCCUGCUGUAUGGAAGGAGUUACUGCUGGCCACUAUUGGGGAGCAAUUCACUGAUUACUGUGCUUCAGAGGAUGAGGUGGUUGGUGUUAGUGUCAGCGUUCGAGACAGAGAAGAUGUUGUUCAAAUCUGGAAUGGAAAUGCCUUUUUUGCUAACGAAGCAAACAUCCUAGGAAGGAUCUAUGAACUUCUUCCACAGAUAACUUUUAAAGCGGUAUUUUAUAAGCCACAUGAGGAGCACCAUGCCUUCGAAGGAGGUCGCCCAAGACAUUAGCAAGCUUUGCACAUUUGACACUUUGUGGUUUUUGGUCUUGGAAAUUGACAGAAUCUUCUGAGCUCUACUGUCUUUUGUAAAUGUGUUAUACAAUUACUUCAAUUUGGGCAGACAGAAAAUGUCAUAGCUGGGCUUCAUUUUAGGAUGACUGAUACAUGUUCUUUAGUGUUAGUUUUUUUUAUACAAAGAUAUUUAGCUAAACCACACAUUUUAUCUCAACAGUGCACUUUUACCAGAGCCUUUUAGUUGUUUUCACAGUUUCCUGAUCUUACAUUGAAUUUACAUUGUUCCCUGAUUCUAGAAUGAAUGGAGAGUAUUUUCCUCAAGCCAGUAUUAUUCAUACAGUUUUAUGCAAAAAUGUUGCACAUUCUAAUUAUUUAUUUAUUUUUUGGGGUUCAUAGUUAUUUUUGGCGGGUGGGGGAAAGAAAUCUGUUAACUGUUACUGGUUGUUAGAUUUGUUAAAUAACACCAACUUUUUUACAAAAACUAAAUCGCCACUCUGCGUGGUACCAGAUAAAUGCUAUAGUUUAGUUUACCCUGAGUGUUUUGGUAAUUAGCAGUGGGUCAUUGUACAAACACACUCAAUUGUUGUUUCAGAAAUGCACAACAGGCCUUUUUCAUUUUUACUGUAAUGAACAGGAUUACUAUUACAGUAUCUUCAGUUCACUAAUGCUGAUUUUCUAAGUUGUGCCCUCAUUUAUUAUAAACUACAUAAUUGUGGUUUAAUCAAGGAAUAUAGACUACGCCUAGAUGGGUAUCAGUUUUCUGAAGAAUAUCAAUUGGUUCAUUCCAAAAAAAAUCUUCACUUUUGUGUUUAUUACAUUUCUAUCAUGAAUAUUAUUCUCAUUUAUGACCUACAAACGUUAAAAGAAAACCAUUUUGAAAUUCAAAAAACGAUAUGAUGUAUGAACCGUGAUUUGGGUUGAAUGAGUACUUAUCUUUACCAAAGACCUUUCUAACCCUCUCUCUCUCUGUCGUGUGUGUGCACAAGCAUGCAUGUGUGUAUGUGCAUGCUCCCUGCCAAGCUUUUUAAGUUUUGUAACCUGUUGUUUGUAAUUGUCAUCAGAUGCGGUCUCUGUAGUUGAUUGAUAAGCUUCUCUGUGACUCAGGUCAUCCAUGUUCAAACACUAAGCAUAUUAAUUAGUGACGUUUUUGUUGAAAGAAACAAAUAAUCGUACAUAAUGUAGCUGGACUUUCUGGCAGUUUUUACUAUAGCGCCCAGUCAAGGUGAGAUCUCAACUGAUUGUUAAUCUUUGGAAUGGUGCCUUGUGUUUUCCAAGGGUUUCAGUCUUGAAAGUUGUUUAUUUUUAACAUAUUGAACCAGUCAACAUGUAAAAUCGAUAUUUUUGCUGAUAGAUUUUGAAAUGUUGGGAAAAAAAUGAAAUGCUAAACAAUCA